CGGGAUUCAGUGCAAACAACUUCUUCUUCUUCUCUUGCGAGUCAGGAACCAUAAGCCACUUGGUGUAUUAUAAGUAUGCAAGACAGUUCCACAAUGGGUCAAUAUCUUCAUUUUCUAUCUCCCUGGCAUCUACGACCAUGUCUAUACAGAGUGACUUGACCAUCGAUGCCUCCAGGUUUCGUCCUGACAAUGUCAGCGAAACCACCAAACAAGUGAACAACUUUGUCAGAAAUAUCACAACCAAGGGACCCCGCUGGCACGAAGUUGGCGCUGCUACGUACCGUGAGAUGCAUCUCCAAGGCAAACUCGCGCUACCGGCGCCGACGUUUCUUCCCGGCGCCACAGAUGCUACCCUUCCUUCUCGAGACUCCUCUCGUCUAAUACCGAUACGCAUUUACAAGCCCGACAACGGCCAACCCAGUGAAGGUGUGUUCCUUCAUGCCCAUGGGGGCGGAUGGGUCCUGGGGGACGAGAAGAUCUCUGACAAAGUCCUACAAAGGUAUGCCAAUGGCUGCCAAUUGACUGCCAUAUCCGUUGGAUACCGUCACGCGCCUGAAAAUCCAUACCCAGCAGCCGUCGACGACUGCAUUGAUGCGGCCCAGUACUUGAUCGACCAUCCCGAGAAGUACGGCCCUGUCCGCUUCAUGGGCGGAGAGUCAGCCGGAGCAUACCUCGUUGUCCUAACUACGUUUCACCUCCUGGCCAGCCGACCGUCUCAUGCCAUCGAAGGUCUAGCCCUCCAGUAUGGAGUAUACGACCCGACCCUAGGCCUUCCUUCUCUCACGACAAUAACCCAACCAGUCAUGAUCGACCGGGCAGCUAUGGAGCGCUUCCGCGGCGCAUUUCUACCUGGUAAAACUCCUGAGCAAUGCAGGGAUCCUUCUAUCUCCCCAAUCUACGCGGAUCUAGCUGGACUUGCUGCGAAGUCACCCACUGGCCUUCCUCCUGCGUUGUUUGUCGUCGGGACAGAUGAUCCCCUCGUUGAUGAUACAAUCCUCAUGGGCUCGAAGUGGAGUAUCGCUGGUGCGGAGAGCAUUGUUAAGAUCUAUCCUGGGGCUACUCACGGGUUUACUGCGGUACCGGGGUUUCCUGUUGCUGAAGAGGCGAAUGCGGUCAGCGUUCAGUUUGUAAAGGAUAGGGUUACGGGGUCUAAAUGAUUCGGCGUUUGAUUGUGUGUCUCGGUGUUCGUACCGGUGUUUGACUGUAUGCAAGUCAGUGAUGCAUUAGUUACUAAAUUAUAGAAAAACCAGCUUCCAAGCUCGAAGGCGUCUCAACUCAGUGCUUCAAAUGCUUCGGCGUUUGUAACUCAAUAGGCAUACCAUUGCUACAGAAUUGUAGAACUGCAUAAUUAUUUUACU